AUCUAGUCUGUGUUUUGACGUUUUUGCAGAGCUCGUCGGACCAUCACACACAAGUCCAUUUAGGACACAUCAGCGCUCAGCGAAUCGGAUCAAAAGAGAGAAGACAUGGCAUCAGACUCUCCACGCAGACCAAGCCGCUGUGCUGGAGGGGUUCUGGUGCGAGCACAAGCUGCUACGGAGCAGUCUUACAUGGAAAGUGUAGUGACCUUCCUGCAGGAUGUCGUCCCCCAGGCAUACACAGGAGCGCCACCCACUGAUGAAAAGGAAAAAAUCAUUUGGGUUCGAUUUGAGAAAGCCGACAUCAAUGACACGGCCCGCAAUCCAGAGUUUCUGGAGAUGCACAACGGUACGAGCGAGCCUCCUCUCUGCCUCAUGAUCGGCUACACUGACGGGAUGCAAGUCUGGAGCGUUUCUUUGGCAGGGGAAGCCCAGGAGCUGUUCUCGGUACGCCAUGGUCCCGUGCGAGCUGCUCGGAUUCUGCCAGCUCCUCACAUCAGCCCUCUGAAGAUUGACAGUUUUGCCGACAAGAGGCCCCUCCUGGGGGUUUGCAAGAGCACAGGGUCCUCUGGGACGAGCCCGCCUUACUGUUGUGCUGACCUGUACUCUCUCAGGACAGGAGAAAUGGUCAAAUCCAUUCAGUUCAAGACGCCCAUCUAUGACCUCCACUGCAACAAACAUAUCCUGGCUGUGAGCCUACAAGAGAAGAUCGCAGCGUUUGACAGCUGCACCUUCACCAAGAAGUUCUUUGUUACUAGCUGCUAUCCUUGCCCCGGCCCCAGCCUCAAUCCAAUCGCUCUGGGAAGCCGCUGGCUGGCCUAUGCUGAGAACAAGUUGAUCAGAUGUCACCAGUCUCGUGGAGGAGCUUGUGGUGACAAUGCCCAGUCCUAUACGGCUACAGUGAUCAAUGCUGCCAAAACUCUUAAGACUGGCCUGACGAUGGUGGGUAAAGUUGUCACCCAGUUGGCGGGCACUCUGCCAGCAGCCACUCCAGACGAGGAGGGAACGCCUCACAGCGCCAGCCGCCGGAGCCCCCACAACCCCGGAGUGGUCACCAUCAUUGACACACACAGUGUUGGAGAAGGACAGGUCCUGGUGAGUGAGGACUCGGACGGCGAGGGAGUGGUGGCUCACUUCCCAGCUCAUGACAAACCCAUAUCCUGCAUGCAAUUCAACCCCAGUGGGAUGCUGCUGGUGACUGCCGACACCCUGGGCCACGAUUUUCACGUCUUCCAGAUUCUCACCCAUCCAUGGGCGUCUUCACAGAGCGCCGUUCAUCAUCUCUACACCCUGCACCGCGGGGAAACUGAAGCCAAGGUCCAGGAUAUGUGUUUCAGCCAGGACAGUCGCUGGGUAGCCAUCAGCACCCUCCGAGGCACCACCCACGUAUUCCCCGUCAACCCCUACGGAGGUGCACCCUGCGCCCGCACACACAUGUCCCCCCGAGUGGUCAACCGGAUGUCUCGCUUCCAAAAGAGUGCCGGCCUGGAGGAGAUUGAGCAGGAGCUGAACAGGGCGGCCGCGUUAGGGGGAGGAGCAGGAGGAGUCAUAGGAGGAGGUGGAUGCAUCCUUGGUGGAGCAGGAGGGAUCGGGGGCCGCUGUAGCCCCAUACCUGGCCUGUCCAGCAGCCCCUCGGGGUCUCCACUGCACGCCAAGCUGAGCAGCCAGGAUUCUUACAACAACUUCACCAACAACAACAUGGGGAACCCGCGUCUGUCCCCGCUGCCCAGCCUCACCGUGGUGCUGCCGCUGGCUCAGAUCAAACAGCCCAUGACCCUGGGCACCAUCACCAAACGCACCGGACCCUACCUCUUUGGGGCGGGAUGUUUUGCCAUUAAAACUCCAUGCAAAGCAAAACCCCCGCCGCAGAUCUCCCCGAGCAAGUCCAGCGGAGGAGAGUUCUGCGUGGCCGCCAUCUUUGCCUCGUCUCGCUCCUGGUUCAUCAGCAAUUCCAACAUGAAACGGGAGAAAGAUCAAUCCAGGCAGUCGGUCGUGGACUCAUUGUACAUCUUGAGUUGCUAUGGUAACUUAGUGGAGCAUGUCUUGGAGCCUCGGCCUCUCAGCACUGCUCAAAAGAUCAGCGAUGACACACCUUUGGAGCUCAGCACCUGUCCCAGGGCCUGCUGGACUCUGGCCAGAACACCACAGUGGAACGAGCUGCAGCCACCCUUCAACUCCAACCACCCCUUGGUGUUGGCCUCAGACCUGGUGCAGUACUAUCAGUGUCUCCUGGCUGCGAUGCCUCCAGGAAGCCCAGGACCAAUCACACGUCACGAGUCGUCAGACAGCCUGGCGUCGGAUCACAGCGGCCAGGAGGACGAAGAGUGGCUCUCUCAGGUAGAGAUCGUGACCCACACAGGGCCCCACCGGCGCCUGUGGAUGGGCCCUCAGUUCCAGUUUAAGACCAUCCACCCUUCAGGACAAACCACAGUCAUCUCGUCCUCGUCCUCAGUCCUUCAGUCCCAGGGCCCCACUGACGUCCAGCAGCCUCUUCUAGACUUUGACACGGAUGACCUGGACCUACACAGCCUCAGGAUCCAGCCGGUCCGUUCAGAGCCCGUCAGCAUGCCCGGCUCGUCACGCCUGGUGCCGGAUCGCAGAGGACAGCCCAACAUCAUGGACGCAGGAACAGGUGUGUUUGACGGGCGAGGCGUCACCCUGCUGGAGGUCUGUGGUAGCUGGCCGGAGAGCUUUGGCGUGCCACGACACAACAUCGGCUCGGCAGAUGCGACUGAUGAAGGGCUCCGGGAGAGACUGGCCGAUGCCAUGUCCGAGUCCCCCUCUAGGGACAUCGUAGGAUCAGCUACAGAGCUGCAGAGGGAGGGCAGCAUUGAGACCCUCAGCAACAGCUCGGGUUCCACCAGCGGCAGCAUCCCGAGAAAUUUCGAGGGCUACCGCUCCCCUCUGCCCACCAACGAGGGCCAGCCGCUCAGCCUCUUCCCCACCAACUUCCCCUGAGGAGACCCACCUCUGUUCCAUAAACAUCCACCAACACCCGGCCCACCUGACCCACCUCUGCCUCCCUCCCCUCCCCUCGCCUCCCGACAAAUCUGACUCUCUGAUGUGUUACACUGAACCCAAACUGUGUCUAGGAUUUCUGUUCUCUCUCACAGCUCAGUGUGAUCACAAACAGAAUCAGUAUUUUAUUACUUAAGUCUGGAAAGUUGGAUUAAGUCUGCAGAGAGUUCCAAAUAUUUUGACCAUUUUAGAGAUUCAAAAAAAUAUAUAUAAUUUAGUUUUAAAACUUGAAUUGCUUUCAUGUCUGGAUGAAAACACCUCAGCAAAACACUGUAAAACUAAUUUCUCUUAAAGUUAACAGUUUUAACUGUCGCUGAACAAUUAACCAAAUUUGCAGUUUCCACACAGAGUAUUUUCAUACAGCUGCAGUCGCCGGGGAAAUUCCAUUAUUGUCAAUAACAGAUCUUCAGUUACUCUGCCUGUUACCUUCCUUGUUGUUUUCAGAGACCAGCCGUCCUCUCCUCUCCUGCAGCUCAGUCUGCCGUGUCCUCCGCCCGCCAUCAUUCUUUUUCUGUGUGUUUGAAGUUUUACGGUGUGCCUAUUGUCUGAAUGAGCCGUAAGAAAGGGAGCGCAGACGGAGGAGAAAUGUUUAUUCCAGUCAGUGACGUGUAGCAACCGUGUGUGUGUGUGAGUGUGUUGCUGCUCGCUCGAUGUUUUUCAUUAAUUUUGGUCCUGUUCUGCCUUUGAUUCUCAUGCAUUUGCUUUUGUCUAAAAGAUGCAGUAAUGACAUGACACUAUAUGUAGGUUGCUACGGUAAUUUUGAUGUUUACGCUGUGAUUGAGAAAUGUCUCUGUGGAUUAUUUUGAACCCCAAAACCUCGGCCUUGCAGAGUCCAUUUGAAUUGAGGGGAGUAAUGGACUACAUGCUGUUUUUUGUACGGUAGCAACUUUUGACCAAAAUCUUUUAUCUGCCUCUAAAAAAAAUUAUGUAUUUUCCUUAAAUGUUCUAGCUUUUCCCGUAACAAAAAUUGACUUUGAUAAUCAGAAAUCCUUUUAUUCACACACUUUGCCUGUUAGCAGAAUGUUUGACUUGGUGAAAUCUUAAAUGCACUAUUUACAGAGUCACCUUAGAAAAAAAACAACAAAGGUGAAAUCAGCUGUUUUUAAAACCUGGGUCGUCUUUUUUACAGAGUGUCAGCAUCUUAUCUUAAUGACUAAUGUGUGCAGAAAAUGUUGUCUAAUGAAUUGCGUCAGCUGGCGGGCCUCAAAACACUCCACUGACAGUUUUUACUCUUUAUCACUGACUGACUCAGAUUGUUCUUCUAUUUGUCUGACAACAUAACAAACAGGAUCCAUGCAGAGAGAGAACCUUUUUUUCAUUAAAGACAAAUAUAAUUCUUUUAAACCACAAACAUCUGUUACAUCAAUCUCUUCAAAGCCACCAGACUCCAUUGAUAAAAACAGUCAUUUUACCUCUCAGAACAUGGAAGAUGCUGAUCUACUGCUGCCUCUGUCUGUAAGUUGAAGAUAACACUUUAAAACCCCCUGAGUCACAUCACAGCAAAUAUACCCAAAAAGCCGAUACAGUUGUGGACCUGCAGCUCCCAUGUUCUGCGAGGUCAAGUUGAUAAUAAAGAAAUUAAACCUUUUUGUUACUCUAUUCAAAGCCAGAUUCCAUUCACAAAAACAUUGAUUUGACCUGAAUGAGCGAGGACCUUGUUUGUAUACCUCGGCCUUCAAUGGCUAGAUUGUUUGUCUGAUCGUGUGACUUGACUUCAGUGUUUUAAAUGUUUGAUCCUGUACUGUUUUUUUAAACAUCAGCCGCUUCUUCAAUUCUGCAAGUUAAAGGGCCUGAUUCUUUAAUGGAGUCUGGUAGUUUGAAUCAGAGAGCGAUGAACGCCUGGUUUCUGGUUUUGAAAACAUCUUCUUAUUUCUCACACAAAGGUCUCUCUCUCUUUGUAGGAAAUCUUUCUGUAAUGUUGUCAGACACUUAGAGUGACAAUCUGAGUCUGCUGGUGGAAAAAGAAAACUAGAUUUUUCAAUUGGUCUCACUCUGAUCAGGUACAUUUGUUCUGAAAGAGAACAUAUCCACAAGAUAGAGCAACCUACAGGAGCAACUUAAAGAUAUUUGUUAUUAAUUUAGACCCUUAAAUCUGUUUUAAAAAGCCCCAGGUUGAAAACACUUGAAUUCCCCUGUAAAGAUAAACACAGUGUACAAUCCCAUGUGUGAGUGUUGUGGAGCUGGCUGCAUGUCAUGAAGGCCUGUUGUUACUCGGUCACUGAUUCUAGUUUGAAAUGAGAGCAAACGCUUGUUGUUGAUUAGUGAAAUACUGACUUGUUUUUGCAGCAUUCAUGCAAAGAAAAGAACAUAAUAAAAACGAAAGAAAAAGGAA